AUGAGUUCAUUACAUACCUUCCAGAUACAGUACAUUGGUGAUGGUAGGGUAAGAUCGGUCAGAGCACGAAGUCUACGUCUAAACAAUAAUAAAAUCAAAGAAAUAGCAGGAUACGCAUUCACAGGAAGUAACUUCUUCAAGUUGGAUCUGUCAGACACCUCAAUCAGCCAACUGCCAAUCAUUGGUCUAAAAAACCUCAAAACUUUAGCGCUCAGAAAUGUGCCAACACUCAAGAAGUUACCACCAGUGCUGAGCUUUACACAGUUAGAAACUGCUCAUUUCACAUAUCCUCAUCAUUGCUGCUUAUUCAAGUACGUAGACGAUGUAGUUGAAGGAGAAGGUGGUUUGUACAAGCAAAAUGCAAAGGAAAUUCAUCAUAGAAUAUGCAAGCAGAGAGAAGCCAGGAGGUCUAGAAGACAGGUAAGCGUUCGCCAAUUCCUAUUUUGUGUAUCAAUAUCACCCAAACGUGUAGACAAUUUCAAAAAUUGA